AUGGGUAGAAGGAACUCCACCAGUGUGCCUGGCUUCAUCCUCAUGGGGCUGACGGACUCUGCAGAGACACAGCUGGUCCUCUCCGUGCUCUUCCUCCUGAUUUACAUGAUCACGAUGCUGGGGAACUCGGGGAUGAUACUGAUCAUUCGCCUGGAUCCCCAGCUGCACACCCCCAUGUACUUUUUUCUCACUCACCUGUCAUUUAUAGACCUCAGCUACUCAAGUGUCAUCACCCCUAAAACCUUACAGAACUUACUGACUUCCACCAAGAGCAUCUCCUUCCUGAGCUGCUUCACCCAAAUGUACUUUUUUAUAGUCUUUGUUGCUGCUGAAUGUUUCCUUCUUUCCUGGAUGGCCUAUGAUCGCUAUGUAGCUAUCUGCCACCCCCUGCACUAUCCAGUCAUUAUGUCUACAAGACUGUGCUGGUCCCUGCUCACUGGCUCCUAUGUUAUUGGCUUUGUGGAUUCCACUGUGAUAGCAGACUGCAGACUGCCCUUCUGCAACUCUAAUGUCAUCCAGCACUUCUUCUGUGACUCAUCCCCUAUUUUAGCCCUGUCCUGCAGUGACACUUCUGAGGUUGAACUUAUUAUAUUCAUUUGUGCUGGAUCCAAUUUAGUGUUUUCCCUCAUCACCAUAUCUGGAUCCUAUCUGUCUAUCCUCUCCACCAUCCUGAAAAUUAAUUCCACCGCAGGAAAGAGAAAAGCCUUCUCCACCUGUGCCUCCCACCUCCUGGGAGUCACCAUCUUCUACAGCACUAUGAUCUUUACUUAUCUAAGACCAAACAGUUCCUACUCCUUGGGCAGGGAUCAGGUGGCUUCUGUGUUUUACACGAUUGUGAUCCCCAUGCUGAACCCUCUCAUCUACAGUCUCAGGAACAAAGAGGUGAAAAAGGCCGCUACUAGAAUCAUGCAGAAGAGAGGGGGUGCUAGACAAUUAAAAUAA